AUGAUGUUGUCAACAUUCUUCUUUUUAAUUAUUGUCACAUUUGGUAAAAAUACAAUGGAUUUAUGUGUUGUUCAAAAAGUAACAAUUGGUACCGAAGGAAAAAUUCCAACAAAUGUUUUUUCUGCUGAUAAUGGUAUUAUUUAUGAAAUCAAAAAAGAUGAUCAAUAUUGUUAUGGGUAUGUGUCAUUAAAAAAUCCAAACUCAACUAGGUGUUAUUCUGAUAAAUUUAUUUGGUGGGGAGAGUCUGGACUUGGAACAGUUGGAAUUAAGGUUACAAGCGAUACUUUUACUGCCGAUAAAAUCCAAGAGAAAACAGAGAUUCAAUACUUUCCAACAGAAAAAGGUAUUACCAGUAUGCUUCAAGUAACUGUUAACUGGGAUAAUUUUAAUAAAUAUGCUGCUGAUAGUAAAACAUUACUUAAAAUUUCACAAUACGCUCGUGGUAUAACAGUAUUAUCAACAAAAAGUAAUAAAUUGAUGAUGGUUAUUUCAUUUGUUACAGAUGACGGAAAAGGAAAUACAGGAGAUGUAAUGUUUGGAUACAUUAGUUUUAGUGAAUCAAAACUUUACAUUAAAUACGAUAAAUCAUUUUGUAGUGAUAUAACAACUAACUUUGUUGAAUCAAAUCUUUCUGAAAUGAAUGCAAAUGGAAAUUCAAUUGCUUUUGGGUCACCUAAAACUAGAGCGGAUGAUUUUAGUACAUUAGCAAAAAAUAUUUUCAUUAUGUCUAUAGAUGAUGAUACAACUAAUCCACAAUUUCCAUUUUCUUUUAGUGAUAUAGUUUUUGUCCCAUCCCCAACACAGAAUUUAGCAGCUUUAGGUAAAGCAAUUGAAAUUAGUAAUACCUAUUUAAUGUAUUCUGAUCCUUUAUCUAAUAGAGGAAUUGUUUAUAUUUCAAGAAGAAUGGAGGGUAACACUUUUGAUUUCCGAGCAACAAUUAACCCAUUACCAAGAUGGGGAAACUACCAACGAUUUGGAGCUUAUAUGAGAGUUGUUGAAUUGAAGGAUACAACUGAAGUUUAUGCUGUUGCACCAUCUGCUUGGGUUCAUAGCGAUACUAGAAGAGCAGUUGCUGCUGGUUCAGAAAGUCAUGAGAUGAUUGGUAUAGUUUAUCAAUUUUCUAUUUCAGGAACUCAUUGUGAACCAAAGAACUAUUUCUUUAUUGACUCUCCAAUUACUGAUGGUGUAAUGAACUCAACGAUAUCAUCUCUUAUUACUAUAUCUGAUCGUGCUUAUGUAACAUUAGCUAAUUAUCAAGGAUUGUACAGAUUAAAUUGUGAUCAGAAAACUCAGAUCCACCUUUAA